AUCCAACAUAAAUCCCACUUCGGAGCACACCCUAGCGUCGCAAUGCCGGGGACAAUAUCCACUCCGCCGCCGCAUUACGGCUUCCGCCAGAACUGCACGUGCAUGCACCCCCGUAAGAAGAUGGGGAUGAUGCACAUGACCUUCUUCUGGGGCCACAACGCCGAGGUCCUCUUCGACCGGUGGCCGGGCACCGACCCCAAGAUGUACGCUGUCUCUCUCGCCUUCGUCUUCGCCAUGGCUGCGCUCGUGGAGCUCCUCUCUUGCUGCAAGCUCAUCGGGCGAGCGGGUUCGGACUGUAAUUUCGCCGCGGGCAUCUUUCGGACGGUUCUCUACACGGUGCGCUGCGGGCUGAACUACAUGGUGAUGCUUGCCGUCAUGUCGUUCAAUGGCGGUGUCUUCCUCGCCGCUGUCGGCGGCCACGCGCUAGGGUUUUUGGCCUUUGGCUAUCGGGCUUGUAAGAAGUCCGGCGGAGUGGGCUCCGUGAAGGAGCGGACUGAUCUUCCACCCACUAAUUGCUGAGCCCGCUACAACCGUCGUACAUCGAACUCGUGAAGGUUCAUUUUACUUUUCUGGAAAAUUGUUUGAAGAUGCUAGCAUUUAAAUG